UAUCCAGAACGUAUCAUUCCUUAUAUUAUAAACGAUUGAACAUGCCUAUUACAUCUUUUGAUACACCAAAACGUCGUCAUUCAUUCGGAUCUUCGUUAAAAAAUGUCAAAGAUACGAAUAUUCCCUUGAAUGACGACGCUUCUGAAAUCCGGUCUCGUAGAAAAUCUGCUGCAAACUCAAUGCGGAGCCCAACAAAUUUUUUGGGAAGUAAUGUUUCUCCUGUUAGAGCCUUCGAAAGAAACGCGCCUAGACCUUUGGAAGUCGUCGCUCCCAUGCCUAUAAUACCCACCGAACAAAUGUAUAUCAAUUUUGAGGAAUGGAUGAAACUGGCAACGGAUAAUAAAAUCAAUGCUAGCAAUAGCUGGAAGCUUGCUUUAAUUGACUACUUUCAUGAAAUGUCAUUAUUAAAAGAGGGAGAUUCAAUAAAUUUUCAAAAGGCUUCAUGUACUUUGGAUGGAUGCGUAAAGAUCUAUACGUUACGUGUUGAUUCUGUCGCAACUGAAACAGGGAAACUUUUGAGUGGAUUAGCCAGUAACUCCAGGGAUAACAAUGAAGACGACGAUAGAGAUAGUGAAGAUGCUGAUCCUGAAAGGCAUACUCGUAAAAGGAAUACAAGAUCGGAAACGACACUGGUCAAAGAUUAUAAUUCAUUAACUAUAAAGAAAUUUGACUUGGAAUUUUCAAUUGAUCCUCUUUUUAAAAAGACUUCUGCAGAUUUUGAUGAAGGUGGUGCACAGGGUUUAUUGUUAAAUCAUUUGUCAGUUGAUACGGAUGGUAAAAUAAUAUUUGAUUCAAGCGAUGCUAUACCGGAUGAGGAUAACGACAAUAGAAUAGAUACAGAAGACAAUGAACCAAAAAUUGAAAUUUUCAAACUUCGCUCAACAAGGUAUAUCUUUGGACUUCAUCAAAUAUUUAAUAAGGAGAUUUGUCCUUCAUUGAGAAAUUUCAAAUUUUCAGGAGAUAAUGUACUGGACUUUGCUUAUGCUUCGACUGAAUCGACUGAAACUGAAGGCGUUAAUUAUCCUGACUUAUUUGUAAAUGACAAUGACAACGACUAUGACGAUGCCAAUAUCAAUAUUAAUGAUAUCUUAGGUGAUAACUUAGAUACAAACAAUGAUGUCUCGGAAGUAUUCGAUGAAGAAAACAUAAAUCCAAAUGUACGAUUAACGGAAAAGGAUUAUGUUAUGGCCAUGAUCAGUAACGAAAACGAAUUGUUUUCUUACUUCGACUCUGCAUUUUUGCGUAAUUGGGCUGGUCCUGAACACUGGAAGUUAAAGAAAGUUAAUAAAAGGCCUACAGAAAUGGAGGGAGGGACAAGAGAAAAGAAGAAGAAAGAACCAGUUUCUAUUAAUUUUAUUGAUUCGGAAGAUUUGGAUGAGCGAAUCAUUUUUUCUUCUGGGGGAAGUAUAAUAAAUGCGCCUAAAUUAGCAGAGAGAGUAUCACAUAGUCAUCUACUUCCUGAGGAUAUGCAUUUUUCGUCUAAAAAUUUACUUAACUUAUUCUUAAAACCUCAAUUCAUGUUAAACUCGAAACGUCGAUAUGAAGCGCAACUUGACGAUAGGAAUUUCUGGGCUGACAAAACUAAUUAUUCUAAUGAUCCAGUAGAAACGUCUUUUCCAGAUUUUACGAAUUAUAUGGGAGGAGACACCUUUUAUAAUGAUGAAUAUGACGACCAAUUAGAAGAAGGUGAAUUUGGAGAUAAUUUGGUAGCUCAGACAAAGAGGAAUAAACCUGAGUUUAUCAAAUACGCAAAGACAGCGAAAAGGAUCGAUGUUAAAAAAUUGAAAGAAAACAUAUGGAAAACAUUAACCGACUGUACUGACUGUACUGACUGUCCCCAAGAAAAUGAAAUGAGAUUAUCAAAAAGACUUUCAAUCGAAAAUAAAUCAAAAGAACUGAAAUUUACAAGAGUAAUUAACAAUCUUAAAAAGAUCUACCCUCAAAAAAAAAUGAAAGAUAUUUCAGUGUCGUUUUGUUUUAUAUGUUUAUUACAUCUAGCAAACGAGAAGGGUCUUAAUAUAACAAGUAAUGAUCAAUUAUCGGAGCUAUGUAUUGAUUUGAUUAUGUAAUAUAUCAAUUACAAUAAUAAGCAAAAAUAAACAAAAUAUAAAUCACAUGAUUUAAAUAUUAUAUAUUGUGCAUGGAUUGUUAAUAGUUCUUUACAUUUA